AUGGAAGCUCCCUCUCUAGCAUUGACCCUAGCUGGCCUUGAUGGACGGCAAGUUGGCGUGACUGUGCCAGCUCGCACCCUGGGGAUCGAGUUACUGCGCCGGGUGCGGUGUGAGCUGCCUUCCAAGCCCGGCUGUGUCCUGCGCAUUUUCUUCGGCGGUGAGGAGCUGUUGUCGGAGAAGACUCUGCAAGAGCAGGGGCUGGAGACAGACGCAGUUGGCACGUUUACCUAUUCUCAAACCUGCCUAGUGAAGGCUUGGAAAGUGUUGAAUGGACUUGAGACUGAUUCCGGGCAUGCGCUGGAAGGCAUCACGCAGCUGAGUUGGGACAGCCCAGAUGAGGGAGUACAGCAGCUUGCAAAUGUGGCUGAGUUGUUAUCAGCUUUGCCAAACACGCUGCAAAGCCUGACUUUCGGCGGCAACUUCAACCACAACUUGGAAGGGGUGACUUUGCCACGCAGCCUGCGGAGCCUGACCUUUGGCGAAUCAUUCGACCGCGACCUGCAAGAAGUGAACCUGCCAGACAACCUGCAGAGCCUGACUUUCGGCGACGACUUCAACCAAAGCUUGGAAGGGGUGACUUUGCCGCGCAGCCUGCAGGGCCUGACUUUUGGCGUGGCAUUCGACCGCGACUUGGAAGAAGUGAACCUGCCAGACAACUUGCAGAGCCUUACUCUUGGCGGGGACUUUGACCACAGCUUGGAGGGAGUGAUAUGGCCAGCCAGCCUGCAGAGUCUGACUUUUGGCUGCGCAUUCAACCGUAGGUUGCAAGGAAUUACUUUGCCAGACAGCCUGCGGGACCUAACUUUUGGCGACACAUUUAACCAAAGCUUGGAAGAUAUGCUUUGGCCAAGCAGCCUGCAAAAUCUGACCUUUGGACAAGGUUUCAACCAGAUCUUGGAAGGAGUCACUUUUCCAAGCAAUGUGCGGAGCCUGACUUUGGGUGCAGACUUCAACAGCGCCUUAAAUGGAGUGACUCUGCCAGGUAGCCUGCAGAGCCUGAUUUUUGGCAACGAUUUCAACCAAUCGUUGGCAGGGAUUACUUUGCCAGGCAACCUGCAGAGCUUGACUUUUGGCAGGAACUUUAACCUUAGUUUGGACGAGGUGACUUUGCCAAGUCUACAGCACUUGACUUUUGGCACACGCUUUAACCAACAAUUGCAGGGAAUGACUCUGCCACAGAGCCUGAAGAGCCUGACUUUCGGCGCCAACUUCAACCAACACUUGAAGGGAGUGAGUUUGCCACAUAGCCUGCGGAGCCUGGAAUUCGGCGCGGCAUUCAACCAAAGCUUGCGGGGACUUACUCUACCAAGCAGACUGCUGAGCCUGACCUUUGGCGAAUCGUUUGACCAACACCUGCCGGGAGGCUUGCCAGGUAGCCUGCAGAGCUUGACACUUGGCACUGAUUUUAGCUCAAGCUUUACGGGCAUGGUGUGGCCAGCCAGCUUGCAGAGCGUGUCUAUCGGUUUCACUUGCGGCCACAGCUUGCGAAGAUUGAAUCUGCCAGACAGUGUGAAGAACCUGACGUUUGGUGGGGAAUUCAAUCAAGACUUGGACAAUGUCAUAUUGCCCGGCAGUCUAGAAUCCCUGACUUUUGGCCCAGACUUCAACCAGAGUUUGCAAGGAGUGACUUUGCCAUACAGCUUACUGAGCCUGACUUUUGGCGCGAGUUUUAACGAAAGUCUGGUUGGGGUGACUUUGCCAGGUAGCCUGCAGAGCCUGACUUUUGGCGCACGCUUCAACCAGCGCCUGCAGGGAGUGACUUUGCCAUGCGGCCUGCAGAGCCUUACUUUUGGCCAACACUUUCGGAAGAGCCUAGAGGGAGUCACAUUGCCUGACAGCCUGCAGAGCCUGAGCUUCUCUCGUGGAGCUCAAAACUUGCUGGGGGUGGAGUUCUCAAGCAAGCUGCAACGACUUCAUUGUGGCCGCAUAAGCAUUGAGUGUGUUUGA